GAGAGUAAUACGUUAUCCUUUCGCCUUCAAACCUACUGGACUGUAAUUACAUCCUUUCUGCUCGAGUUGAGACGGAUAACGGAAUGAGGGAGAUUUCUUGAGGAUCCUGUUUAUACUGCAGCGUGUUAAGUACACAGUUAGCGGACAUUCGAGAAGACAAAACCCUAUAGAUCCUGUAGAUCCUCCGCUCGAUCCUGUCGACCACGUGUUUCGUGUAAUCUUCGUGGUGUACGAGUGUUAUGACGAGGUGUAACGGAUGUGCGAAGCUUUCGGAGAUAACGGUGCAUUAAGUGUUUACCCUGGAGGAGGUAGCUAUCUCACGUUGUAAUAUACAUUGACGAUCUCGCACGAUCACACAUGUAGAGCACGUGUUAUCGUUUCAAACUUAUUACCCCUCCCCCCCCUUGGAAAAGCAAACCACGAAAGUACCCUUUCGCGAUCAUUUAGGGGAUACCGAUGAUUAUCCGGGAAUUAGCCGCGCAAUAAUACUUUCCAUGAAAUUAAUAGAUGCGAUUGUGAGAUAGUUUAGAUAAAAAAGGGUUUUAGUUACGUGUAAUAACGUGGCAUUCGAUGUAGGUAUUUUGAAAUUAUGCAGACUAUCGGCACGAUUAUGCGCGAUAUAUUGUUUAUGCUUAUGGUAUAGUAUCUCUAUGAUGAUUACAGAUAUGUCAACUACGAUAUGAUAAUAACGUUUCAGUUUUCAGUUUAAAGCGAUAACCCGUGUGUAGUUAAUUCUCAGGCACGAUUUCUCAUAACAUCGAACGUAAUUAUAAUUAACGCUUUCGCUACCGCUCUGUUUUUAGAAGAGUGAAACGUCACGAUAGGAUAAAAUUACUCUUCUUAAUAUAUAAUUUGUUCUUGAACUCGCGUUUAGAAGAAAUUAGUUUACGCUUCUUAUUAUAUAUAAUAUUUUUUAAUUGUCGCACCAUCUAAAAAUUGUUCUCCUAUUUCAUAUAUGGUUUAAUCAUUUAUGUUAAUCAUUUCUACAAUGUAUGGAAUAAUAUAAAUUAUCUUAAAUAGAAUAAAAAUAAUUCUUCUAUAUAAAAUCAAAAUAAGAGAAACUUACUGGUCCCUCUUUGUCAUCGAUACAAUAUGAUUUUAUUUUAAACUAUUGUUAUAUAUAUGAUGUUAUCAUGUCACGGACAAUCUGUCAAAUAAAUCUCAAUGUAUGCCAAUAGAUAUGUAACGUUUUGUAGCGAAAGUGUUAAUGUAAUUUCAUAAUUUUACAUAAUAAUCAUAUUUAGAAGAAAAAAUUUGCACAUGCGUUCUUGUAGAGAGAGAUGAAAUAAGUUAAUCUAUCAAUUGUGAGAGAGAAAGAGAGGGGUAAGGGGGGGGAGGAGAGAGAGAGAGAGACUAACUCAACUAUGUGUUUGUAUUAAGGCAAACAAACAAAUUUCUGUGCCAUUCAUUUGAUAAGUUAAUAAUGAAAUCAACCGUAUGUCGCACAAUAUUUUAUUUUCCCACGAAUUUUGCAUUGAACGACAAAGAAGAGCAUUACUUUCUUAAUGAGCAGCAGAAUGUGAUCAAAUAACUAAAAAAAUAAUUCUGAAUGUGUAACAAAAAAAAAUAAUGACUGAAGAAAUUAUAUAAUCAAUCAAUAUCAAAUGUUUAACAAGUGAAGCUGUCAUCAUUGAGAAUCUCUAAUCAGUGCGAAAGACGUAGUGACAUUAUUUGCGCGUGUUCUUUGAAAUUAUCAUGAAACUAAAAUAUUGCAAAUUGACUUCUUUGCGAACAAGAUACGUCGAAAGUGACUCGAUCGGGAAACGAGUGCAGCUAAGCAGUUCAGAGGUUAUUGUCACAGAUUAUGUGAAGACACUCUAAAAUCUACGAAAAAUGUGCUGGACGAAAUCCUAUUUAGACGGCAGCUUGAAAUCCAAAAGAAAUUCUGAUUAUAACUUCAUAAAAUAAUUACAACAGCAAAACAUAAGAAAAGAUAAUCGUGAUUAUGAUCACAACUAGAAUCCAUGUAAACGGACAAUCAUUAGCUCAAGAAGAUCCAAGUAUACGAAAUGCCUAGAAGCUCAAGUACUCAAGUACCAAUUUAUCCAAGUAGUUUAACAGAGCUUAUUUUUCGAGAGAUGCAUUCUCGUCUAAUUUCAUUAUUUUAGGCCUUAUCGACAAGUGGGCCACAAAACAAUCCAAAUAAAUUACCUUAGAUCCUACAAAUUCAAAACUUUGAGAUCUAAGAUAUUCCUCAGGCAAAACUGUAAUUUGAUCUUUGUAAAUGGAUCGAUCAUACAUCAGCCAUAUCAAGGAAGAAGCGGAAGAAGACGAGAAAGGAGCCAGACAACGGUAGCCAAUCGCAAAAAAAUCGCAAAAAAAAAUAUCAAUUCUUCAAGAUGGGAUUAAAUAAGACGUGGGACUCGAACAACACCGCAGAUAUAUUUCCCCUCGAUACCGGCCAACGAAACAGUGAAGACCACAAUGAGAUCGAGCAUGUCCUCGUGCUAACUUUUAUUAAAGCUUUCAUCAUGAUAUUCAUUAUACUCUGCGCUCUCUUCGGCAAUCUAUUGGUCAUCGUUUCGGUUAUGAGGCACCGGAAACUCCGUGUAAUCACCAAUUAUUUCGUGGUAUCGCUGGCUCUGGCGGACAUGCUAGUGGCGUUAUUCGCCAUGACUUUUAAUGCUUCCGUAGAAAUUUCCGGACGUUGGUUAUUCGGAUAUUUCAUGUGCGAUGUGUGGAACUCGCUGGACGUCUUCUUCAGCACCGUCAGCAUUCUCCACCUUUGCUGCAUCAGUGUCGACAGAUAUUACGCGAUCGUCCAACCAUUGGACUAUCCGUUAAUCAUGACGAAUGUGAGAUUGGGAACCAUGUUGAGCGUCGUAUGGUGUUCCCCAACUGUUAUGAGCUUCCUACCGAUUUUCGCGGGAUGGUAUACCACGAAGGAACAUCUCGAGUAUAGGAGAAGAUAUCCAGAUGUGUGUGAGUUCAAAGUCAACAAGUUCUACGCUGUCAUCAGUUCCAGUGUGAGUUUCUGGGUACCAGGAAUCAUCAUGAUCGCGAUGUAUUACAAAAUUUAUCGAGAGGCCGAUCGUCAGGAGCGUAUGCUGUACCGGAGUAAAGUUGCGGCCGCUCUCCUAAAUAAGCAUUUACAAAUAAAUGGAAUUUCGGCCGGUUUGACAUCUCUGCCGACUGUGGACCAAUCAUCACUCGAGCCGCAGCCGGAAGAACCACCGAUGACUAGCAGCAGUAAAAUGAAGAGAGAACGGAAGGCGGCCAGGACACUCGGCAUCAUUAUGUCAGCAUUUUUGGCCUGCUGGCUUCCUUUUUUUCUUUGGUACAUCAUUACAGCUCUGUGCGACUCGUGUGAGAGCGGCGACGUGGUGGUCGCGGCGGUGUUCUGGGUAGGCUAUUUCAACAGCGCCCUGAAUCCAUUGAUCUACGCGUACUUUAAUCGUGAGUUUCGCGCGGCCUUUCGCAAAACCCUCGAGAGCUGUUGCCGUGCGAUCGGGCCGGUACGCGAUCUGCGCCAGGUACAUCGCAAACAAGAUCUUGUGCACAGCAAUGCCUCAUCCGAGUUGCACGUCAACAAUCAGCUACGUAACAGCGAGAUGACCAACGUCCACAUCGAGGCGUGUAUUUAAACAUCGGGCGAUCCGGCGAGAUGAAAGUAACGACGGAAUUCUCAGGAGCACUUUCCGAGUAGAAAAUAAAAUAAGAAUUUAGAAUCGCGCGCGAAGCGGCAGGUAGGACAGAUAAGUCCAAAAAUCAGGUCGAUCAAAAAUUCGUUCUUUAUUUUUUCUAUACGAAAGUAAGUUUAAUAAUUUUAU